UGAGUGCGCGGGCGGCGUGGCUCCACCUGAGGCGGGGAGGGAGUGUCUGCUGGCCGGGGUUAGAAGCUCUCUGACGUCUCGCUGCUGGGAAUGACUUAUUGGAAAACCACCGAGACAACAGCAGCCGAAAACAGCGGAAAAUCCGAGGAAAUAUUCUUUUCUGGAGCCUCUCUUUUCCUCCCACCUGUAUGACCGCGUGAAGAAGAAAGUGACUCAGCAGAGACAUGGCCUCUCGUGUGGAGCAGGGCUCCGUUAAAACUCCCCUUCCUAGAAGUUCCUCCACCUCUGUCACAAACGCUUCAAAGCCCAAACCACCUCUUGGCCCCAAGCCUUGCCUCGCUCCCAAGCCUUUCUCUCUGCAGAAGAACGCCUCCAUACGAUCUAUCCAAGCUCCAAAGACUCACACUACAUCUCUUAAAUCAGCAGCUCAUCAGGCUGGAAAAUCUGAUGCCACAGGUAUUCCCAAAGCAGCUGUUCCAACGCCUGCUCCUCCCCAAACAAACCAAGACCAUGAGUCAAAACCCAGCUCUAUGAAGGUGCUCACUAAAGACCAACCCAAAACAAACAAAGAAACUAAAGAGAGCCCACAUGAAAAGCAAAGCCUGGAUGUUAGUGUCCUUCCAGACAAAUUAGAAACAGUUUCACAGCAGACUGCACCACCCAAGAGUCAACAGUCAACACAAAUGCCUCAGACAGAUCGAGUCCAUGAGCAACUGGUCAGCCAGAAAAACCACAAAGCAUCUGAAGAAAUUGGGUCUCCUUCAGAAGAGAGCGACACAAACAAGAAAGAAGACGUAACUCCUACUGCACGAGCCAGUUCAAAAUUACCAUGGGGAGGCACCAGAAAGCGCCUGUCCAUGGAACUCAAGUCAAAGUUUGAGUCCGGCAGUCCGUCCGUGCCCUCCCAACCAUCUGCAAUCACUCACAAAGAUAAUGACAAGAAGGCAGUGCCAGUGCCCAGUCUGUCAACACCAGAGCCAGUUAACAGACGGAAUGAUGAAAACGAACUGAAGGAGGACUACAGUGGGGGAGACAGUAUAAAACGCAGAAUCAGUCUCCUCUUUGAUUCCUCAUCAAAGUCAGAUGUCACAACAAAGAGGGAGGAGCCGGAGAUUAUCAACCAGCUAAACGAUACAGGGGGUGUGAAGGAGCGAAUAAAAAACUGGACCUUGGAAUCAAAUAACGAGACUCAGAAGGUUGAGAAGAAGCCUCAAGUCCCACCCAGGCCUCUUUCUAAGAGCUUCGAGUCUGCACAUCCUCCAACUGCAGGGAAAGUAACCAAAAGGUCACCGGGUGAAGUUCCUGUCACAAGACUAUUGUCAACAUAUUCUGUGGACACACCAUCAACAGUCUCUACAACUGAGCAGCCUGCAGAGGUCCAAGUAGACACAUCCAGAGAGGUUUUUACUGAUGAUAAAUCACACUUAGCCAAGACACCAGCAAGCCAUGAGCAGAGGGAGUCAACAGACCAGGAUCAACUACACAACUUCAGUACAGCCACAGCCCAAGCUGAUGUCACCCUUGCCUCUGAAGCCUCGGUUGUGAAUGAAGACGUGGUACCUUCACCAAGGGAAAGCGUUAAACGUCGUUCCAUUCACUUUGGCGUAGUGGAAAGAGAUGAUGGUGGGCCUCCGGAGAUCCUGGAACCAGAGCCAGAGUUCUACCCAGAAGAUGAAAAGGUUCCCAAGGAUGACAGUGAAGACCAAACCCCUGUUUCAUUUCCUGUAUACAGAAGAGUAGGAAGUCUUCAGAGGAAGGAUGAUGAGAUUCAAAUUCAAAGAGAGAAAGAACAGAAACAUCUGGAAUUUGUAAGAAAGAGGAAAGAAGAAGAGAGUGAGAGAGCAAGACUUGAGUUAGAAGAAAAGCAGAAAGAGAAAAGAACAAGAAAAAUAGAAGAGGAAAAACUGAGACAGGAGGACAGAGAGAGACAGACUGAAGAAGAAAAGCAAUUGGAGGAAAGGCAGAGAAAGGAAGAAUGUGAAAGAGAGGGGCUGCUUGAGGUGCAGCGGCAGAGAGAGCAAGAAGAGGAAAGAGGGAAGGUAAAGCCCAUAGAAGAGAUACUCAGACAGGACCGAGAGGGGAGGGAAAAACCGAGAUGGAGGGAUGAGGACCAGGUGAGAUGGAGGGGAAAAAGAGAGGCGAGGCUGAUUCCUGAUGGAGAAGAACACAGGAUUGAGGGGAUACCGAGAGAGCAGGAAAUGAACGAAGAGCGUGAGAGAGAAAAGGACUGGGAAAAAGAAGGGUUGAAGAAAGUUAUAGGGGAGAGAGAGAUGUUAAGAGAGGUUGAGACCAGAAAAGAAGAGAUAGGAGCCAUGUGGCAGAGACAGAAAGAUGAGGAAAGGGCAAGUCCAAGGCAGGAAGAGGAAAAACUCAGACAACUGGAGAUGGAGAAACAAAGGAUGAAGGAGGAGGCAGAGGAAAAGCAGAGGAUGAGACUAAGAGAGGAAGAGGAAAUGAAAGAAAACCUUAGGGAGAAGGAAGAGGAGAGAAGAAGGUACAUGGAGAGGAAAAUGCAGCAGGAAAUAGAGAUGGAGCGAGUGAGACAAGAGGAGGUGAGGAGACAAAUGGAAGAGGAAAGACAGAGACAGCUGGAGAUGGAGAGACGAAGGCUGAAAGAAGAGGCAGAGGAAAACGAGAGGGAGCGACUAAAGCAGGCAGAGAUGGACAAACUUCGGGAGGAGGAAGAGAGGAGAAGAAUGGAGUUUGAGUGGAAAUUGCAGCAGGAAAAAGAAGAAAGGGAGCAAAUAAGAUUAGAGGAGGCUAGGAGACAAAUGGAAGAGGAAAGACGGAGACAGUUGGAGAUGGAAAGACAAAGGCUGAAAGAAGAGGCAGAAGAAAAAGAGAGGGAGCGACUAAACCAGGCAGAGAUGGACAAAUUUAAGGAGGAGGAAGAGAGGAAAAUACAGCAGGAAAAAGAAGAAAGGGAGCAAAUAAGAUUAGAGGAGGCUAGGAGACAAAUGGAAGAGGAAAGACGGAGACAGUUGGAGAAGGAAAGACAAAGGCUGAAAGAAGAGGCAGAAGAAAAAGAGAGGGAGCGACUAAACCAGGCAGAGAUGGACAAAUUUAAGGAGGAGGAAGAGAGGAAAAUACAGCAGGAAAAAGAAGAAAUGGAGCGAAUAAGACUAGAGGAGAUGAGGAGACACCUGGAGAAAGAAAGGAAGAAAGUGCAGGAAGAACCUGAAAGAAAGCAAACAGAAAAACAGGAAGAGAUGCUCAGUGACUGGAGAAACUGGAGAGAAGUGGAGGAAAAAGAGAAAGAUGAAGAAAAAGGACGAAACCAGCAACAUGUGAAGGAUGAAGAUCUGGGGUUCAACACCUUGCAAGAGAAGCCAAGCAGUGGAGAGAGUACAGCAGAUGGAACAGGACCAAAUUUAAUAGGUUUUGAUGCUGAAGAUGUGCCUUAUUGGUCAAGAUCACCGAAUCCACCCUCAGCAGAAACACCAGUAGUGCAGGUUCCAGAGAAUGUGGUUUAUGAGGAUUUCUCCGUCAAAGGGUCUCUGCUUGAUGUGCCGUUUGAUGACUUUUCAGUCAAACCACAAGAAUGGGCCUCACAGCCUAAAGUGGAACCCAUACCUGUCCACCGCUGGCAGUUUUCCCGUGUAGAAGAGGAGCCAGACAUUCUGGUGUCCCUGGAUGUGAACCCAGAGGAACACAAAGUAGGAGAGCAGGUGGAUAAACGAGACACACCAGAGGACAUCUCAUUCUGGGAGAACCCUAAGGAGGAAGCGCUCAUUAACAUGGAGGAAGACGAACAGAAGCAAGAUGUAGAGGUGGAGACUGAGGACGAGGAAUGCAAAGGAGAGGGCGUAGAGGAGGUGAAGAGUUACUGUUCAGAUGUGGAAGACAAAGACACAGAUGCUUUAAUAGCCUUUGAGACAGACCAACAAUAUGGAGUCGAUGAGACGACACCUGAAUCCGACAGUCCAAAGGCCAUCUUGGAUCAAGUCCCUGAGGUCUCCUCUGAAGAUGCCGAUGCCAAUGAUUCAGCCACAGAAGUAAUAGAACUGCCUCCAUUUCCUGAGAUCUCCACACCGUUCCUCGACAACAAAGUACAGAAAUCAAAGGUAGAGCUCGGUAAGAGGCGAACUCGUCCAACACGCCGACCGCGGUCUGUGCGAGCAGGAUUGAUGCAGACAGGAAGUCAGGACUGGAGGACCUGCGACUCCACAGAAGAGAGGGAGAACCCUUUAAAUCAACGGGACUCCGACGAGGAAGAUCAACCCAAACCAAAGGUAGUCUGUUCUCCACCCACCACUCAGCGAGUUCCCGUGAUUCCUGGUUUGAGCCCAGCUGCCCUGCUUGCUCAGCUGAAAAAGAGAACUGCUGAAGGAGCAGAAGAAAUGGAGGAAGAGAGGAGAAGAGACGGGAAGGACAGCCCAAAUGAAGAAGUAUCUCCCUCCCAACUCUCCCGCUCACCUCGCUCUGCCGCGCGGUUGGCUGGAGCUGCACGAGUGCUGCCCCCCUUAGGUGGCACGGAUGGAGGAGUGGUCUCCUCUCCUGCUUGGCUCAAAGAACUCAGGUCUAAGAAGCGUCUCAGUCAACAUGACAGUGAGACUUAGCUGGAUGCAGGGGGCGCCAUGUGCAGUUGCUGCUGAGUAACAGUUGGUUCAUCUCGGAUACUGACGCUGCUUCUGGCGGACCCUGUGCCUUGACUGCUCCAUUUUGCACUUGAUGUGCCCUUUUUAACCCCUUUUUCUGAGAUUGUACAGGAGGAGAUUGCAGAUUUUUGCUAUUCAUGUGGCCAUUAACAACUUUUCAUUUUGUAAAUGAAUCACGUGCCAAGACUGACAUAUUAAAGCAAAACACAUUUUUAACUGCUGUUGUAUAGGAUCGGUGGCGUAAGAACACGCCAAUAUAAUUUACAACAAAAGUGUUGACUGUACGGUCUCAAGCUUUGUUCUCUUGUGCAAAUCCAUCAUAUGCAAGUUGGUCAUGUAUUUUGACAUUGAUAACUGGAAGUAUUGAAAAUUAAGAAUGGGGCACCUUGUGCAUAUUCUGUUUAAAAUGUACAAAAUGAAUUUUUCCAUCAUUGUGCCAAUGAUAGUUUUAAAUAAACCUACCUAGCACUUUAAGAACAAUUAUAUAUAUAAUUACGUCCAUACUUCUAAGCAGUAGAAUAUACUGCUAACAUGGUCAAGGGAGGUUUGUAUACUUUUUUUUUCUCACACCAUCACUUAAAGUCACACUUAUUAAUUUACACUGUUCAGUAACUGGAUGUUUUAACUCAGUGCAGUUAAUACUUGUGCUUCAGAGGUAAUCAGAGAAUUGGUGUGUUUUGGACACAAUAAUGGGAUGGAGUGCUUUUUUUAAUCUAUAUCAUAAAUGGUAUGUACCUGUAUUGUUUUUUAAUGACAAAAAAUAAUCAUGGAUUCUGUUAUUUAUCAUCAACAUGCAUAUGUUAAGAGGAAACUGGGUUUACAUUAAAGUUUUUUGUCUUUCUGUUGAA